UGCCAAGUAUAAUGAGCUCUCAAGAAUUACCCAAGUUAGUCUUCGUCACGGGCAAUAAGAAUAAACUUCUUGAAGUUCAAGCCAUAUUGAAGGGUGUCAUCGAUGUCGAAUCUCACAAGAUCGAUUUGCCCGAGCUUCAAGGAACAACUGAAGAUAUCGCAAGGCAGAAGUGUAAACUUGCUGCUGAAACGCUCAAUGGCCCUUGUAUUACUGAAGAUACUGCUUUAUGUUUUAAUGCUAUGAAUGGUCUUCCUGGCCCAUAUAUCAAAUGGUUUCAAGAUUCAAUUGGUCAUGCAGGCAUCAAUAAAAUGUUGGAUGGUUUUGAUGAUAGAUCGGCAUAUGCUCUUUGCACUUUUGGUUAUUGUGAGGGCCCUGGACAUGAACCUAUGAUUUUUGAAGGAAGAACCAACGGUAAGAUCGUUCCCUCUCGUGGGCCUUGUACUUUUGGUUGGGAUGCUAUUUUUCAACCAGAUGGUUUUGAUAAAACAUACGCUGAAUUAGAUAAAGAAGUGAAAAAUUCGAUUUCUCAUCGUGGAAAGGCUUUAGAGCUUUUAAAAAAAUUCUUCGCUGAUAGGCAGCAGCAACAAGCUUCAUAAAAUUUUUCUUCACAAUUGCUAUUUCCGCAUAACAGAAGAUAUUAAAUAGCCAUUAUUUCAGCCUAGAAUAAAAGAGAAGGAUGCAAAAUACAAUAUUGGGAUUUGCAUUCUUGGCAGAAAG